CCCUGCAGCAUGGCAGGGGUCUGUGCAGCAGGCUCCAGUCGGUUCCAGGACCGCAGGUCCAGGUGAAACAUCCCAGAUGAGUGGACCCGGUGGAGCUGCUCCCCCCACGGCUGUCCUCGGCUUGGAUGUGAGCGGGCUGUGGCGCCGUGGAUCCAUCCAGAGGAACACCCGCCUGCUUUCUGGUUCUGUGCAGCCUGGACUCAGGAGCCGGGCCCCCCUGAGGCUGCCUGCUCUGGUGGCUGCAGGCGAAGGCCCCCGCAGGCGGAGCAGCAUUGCCCGCCUCAGCGUCAGCGAGCCGUCCCUCCUCUCUCCGGGUCAGGAGGUCCCGUCAGAAGGAUCUUCCGGGACCCGUCGCCUCGGCGUUUUACAGAUUCGACCUCCACUUCCUGUGCCCAUGAGCAAGGCCUCCACACUGCCGUCCUGCAAGAACUGCACGCCAGCGGCCGGUCGAGACCAGCAGCAUCUGCAUCUGCAGAGCUGCGGCAGGCCGGCCUACAUUCAGUUCUCCCAGGCCAUCCGGCCCGUCCUCCGGCCCGGACCGCUGAGGCGUCACUCACACAACCCGGCUCUGAGCUCAGAGACGCUGCUCCCCGACCAACGGCGCCGGGACUCCUCGUCCUCCCAGGGAGAAGCUCUGUCUGUGGUGGGGAGGCCGUGUUUCCUGGGCUGCAGCCAGCGGCCUGCUGCCUCUGCUGCUGCUGCUGCUGCAGGACCUCCGGGUCGGGCUCAGCUUCACGUCUUUCUGCCCAGCGAGGCUGAGGGAGAGGAGGGAGACGGGGAAUCUGUGGACGAAGGCUUCAUGGAUGAACUGGACAGCAGGAUAACGAGCCUGAAACCUCAGCAGGAGGUCCAACAGACCCUGGCAAACCACUCUUAGGUUCUACC